UGUGGUAAGAUAGUUUACUGUCUGCUGGUAUCAGUUUGACUUCUUGACAUGUUAUAAGAAAGUAAUCGAUGUGUAUUUUUUUUUUCAAAACUAUGAAUCAUCUUUGAGAAACUUAUAGUAUAAUCAACGUUUUGUUUGAUCACACAGGAUGCAACAUAUUAGUUCUUUAUAAUUCCUGAUUAUUUUUUGGAUAUGUAUAUUACCUUAGCACGUGCUCUGGUGUUUCUUCAACAUUCUUUACUGUUGUAUGGGGAAUCUUUAUUUCCCCUCGAAGUUGAAAAUUACGUCAUGGAUAAAUUUACAAUCAAUAGAGAUUCUUCAACUGGAUAUGGAUCGAUAAAUUUCAAAACGGGCGAUUCAUUUAAAAUAUAUUUUUGUCUCCGUGCUGAAACGAGUGUAAAUUUGAAUAACGUUAGAUUUUCUAACGAUGGAGGAAGAGAUACUAUUGAAUUUGGGAUAGAUGGAAUACGAUUGGGUGUUUUAACGUCACCAGACGACAGCAAUUACGGUAAAGGAUGGAAUAACUUUCUUCAAAGUGGACCGAUUGGUCCAUAUUUAAAUCUGUCGUCUGGAAGACAUUUUAUUUCAAUAAGUGUAAAUAAGACUGAUUUUUAUGGAGUAGAACUUGAUCAACUUGAAAUCAAAACAUUAGAUUCACACAUUAGCGAUGAAAUAUUCAAGUGUUCACUUUUCUGUGACAAAGACAUAACUUAUUCGAAUGGCCGGGCACGAGAUGACAUGUCUUCUGCUGUUUUGACCAGGAAAACAUCACAGCCAGUAUGUCCAAGCAAUAACAAUUUACUCCUGCCGAUCUACCAUGAAAAUGUUAAAAUGUUCCUUGUAACUGUGAUGCAUCCAAAAUACAGGUCCUUUGAAAAUAAUUUUCAUGAUGAACAUGGACUUUGUGAAAGAAACAAUAAAACAUUAUGGGAAUUUUCGAGAGUACAGCUCGAGUCACAAUAUGAUACCGUUCGCUCUGAAUUAUAUCCCAGUGUUACUAUGGAACAUGGUAGGUCAAAUACGUCAAAAUCUUUAUAUAUGAAAAUUAAGUUUAAUAACUUACAUGUCGAUGACACAGAUACAAGACUUGUGCUGCAAUUUCUACACGUUGUAGACAUUUUUCUUGUAACUUGCACGUAUAAAGAUGAGGGAUCAUGGAUUACACUUAAAAAUGCAUACUUUAGCUCAAUGAAAACAAAACAUGCGUGGCUAAUACCGAAGAACAGUCUUCUAAAGGAAAAGGAGAUUUUGUUACAUAUUCUAGCUGAUCCGGCCCAAAUGAGAUCACUCACAGUAGAUUUUAUAAAAUUAGAGCACCAUGCAUCACAGUCAAUUAUUAGUGAGAAUUUGUUUUCCAGCUAUGAUACAAAAAUUGAAGUUUUCUAUGAUCAGUUUAACAAGGAACACUCUGUGCAAGAUCCAAUGUCUGUUAGAAAUGUUGAUACGGAUACCAUAUUCAAUCAUGUGUCUGAAAUAGUAAUUUCACAUCGACUUCCAUGGGCUGACGUUUAUAGUCCUAUUGUAAAGUUGUCGAGAACAGGUGAAAUGAACAUUUUACCCAUUGCACCACAUGGACUUACUGAAAUUCCAUUUGGUACAUCAAUUGUUUUUGGUCAAAAUGAUCCAUCUAAAAAUAAUCUACCCUCCGCUCCGAUAUUAAGAAUAGAUAUUACACCGGCAGCUUUACAAUUAUUCGUAACUUUUAAGGAUCAUGGAACAACUAAUAUUUUGAUUAAAUCUACUUGGAAAGACACCAAAGCCAUUUUUAAAGAUAUUGUUAAUACGAGGAACCCUCUUAAGUAUCCGUUUGCAACAAUAAUGACCACGUGGAAUUAUGACGGCAAUGCUGAUGUAGAUCACGUGAGCAGUAACGGAGAUACUGUUCAUCAUAUAGUGAAAGGAUGGGACAAGCUUUAUGGUACAAGUUUUACAUUUUUCAGACAAUGUUUAUCGAGAUACAAUACACAAAGUCCUGACUUACGUCUUCAAAUUAUUAAUGAAAAAGAUUUAUAUUUAUUCAUUUGAUAUUAAAUAUACAUGUCGAGGUAACUGCGUACACUAAUAUUACUACUUUUUUAUCAAACAAUAUAGUGUGCAUUGUUUAUCAUAUUAAGAAAAAUCAAAGAAACCCUCCAAUAACAAGAGUGGUAACUACUAAAUAGUGAAAGACGGAAACAGCACGUAGUACGUACAUG